AUGUCAUCGAUAAGUUCUAGGUUUUGUUGUGCUUCUUGUGACUGCUCAUUUUCUGUUAAAAGUAAUUUAUAUAGACACAUAAGAAAUUUUCAUUCUGAACAUAAGUUGGAAACUUAUAAUGAAAGAGAUUGUACUCUGUGUAAUGAAAGGUUUACUUCUAUGAAAGAGUUGCAUGACCACAUAGAUUCUGUCCAUACAGAUAUAAGGUUAAAUUUUCAGGAACUUAUUUUUCAUUCUAAAUCUGAAUUCGAAAAUUGGAAAGAAGAUGUUGAAAAAAGUAGUCAGUCCUUUUUUGCCAAACGAACGACUAAACGUUUGGCAGAUGGGACAAUUCGUAGUUAUUUCUUAUGUAAUAGAAGUGGUUCAUGUAAAAUAAAAACUGACAGAAUACGUCACAUGAAAUGUGGAGGUUCAAUUAAAAUAGGGAAAACAUGUCCUGCUGAAAUAAAAGUGUCAGAGAAAGAGAUCGGGGAUAUUUUUGAAAUUAAAGUUAGUUACCAAUCAGUGCAUGUUGGUCAUAGGCAUGAAGUUGGGAAAUUGCCGCUCUCAAAAACUGAAAAAUCUAAAUUAGCAGGUAUGAUGCAGCAAGGUAUUCCAAAAGAAAAGAUUUUAAUGUCCAUUCAAAGUAGUUAUUCACCAACAAAAAGAAUUGGUGUUACUCACUUAAAAGAUUUACAAAAUAUUUCUAGAGGUAUUCAGGUAAAUAAUGAAAUUGUUUUUGACACUAAUGAUGCAGUAUCGGUGGACUUAAAAGUCCAGAAAAUGAAAGCUGAAUCUGGUUGUCCAAUUUUGUUGUACAAGAAAGUUGGUGACGAACUGCCAGGUUUUCAAGGUGUAUCAAGGGAUGAUUUCCUUUUAGGGGUUAUGAAUGGUGCCCAACUUAGGUUGCUGGAAUUAAACAGCAGCUGUAUUAUGAUAGACUCUACUCAUGGUAUGAAUCAGUAUGGAUUUCAAUUAACUUCUGUACUUGUCAAUGAUGAUAAUCAUGAAGGUUUUCCUGUUGCUAUUUUGUAUUCAUCAAAAAUAACAGCACAAACUUUUAUACCAUUUUUUUCAGCUAUUAAAGAUAGAGUUCCUAAUCUUAAACCUAAGGUUUUCAUGUCAGACGAUGCUCCGGCAUUUUAUAAUGCAUGGUGUCAGGUUUUUGGUGAAGUUGAUAAGUGUCUUUUGUGUAGCUGGCAUGUUCGCAGAGCAUGGAAUAAAAACUUAUCUAAAAUAAAAAAACAGUGA